CAAACGCCUACAAUACAAACAAACUCCCCCAGGCUACCACACUACCAAAUCCUCUCUCUCAAUGGCAGCGGCAGCAGCAGCAGUUUCUCUCACCAUGUCAAGGCUGCUCUCCCCGAAAGCCCUUUCUCUCUCCUCCACCACCUCCAUACUCUCACCCAAAACCCUCUCCUCAUCUUUCUCACUCCUCCCUCUCAAACUCCGCCACCGCGCAACACCCCUCAGGUGCUCCAUCACGACCGCCGCCACCAAAGUCGCCGCCGCCAUCUCCGUCGGGGACAAACUCCCCGAAUCCACCCUAUCCUACUUCGACGCCGCCGACGAGCUCCAAACCGUCACCGUCUCCGACCUCACCAAAUCCAAGAAAGCCAUCCUCUUCGCCGUCCCCGGCGCAUUCACCCCCACCUGCUCGCAGAAACACCUCCCCGGCUUCGUCGAAAAGGCCGCCGAGCUGAAGUCGAAAGGGGUCGACACCAUCGCCUGCAUUUCCGUCAACGAUGCGUUCGUGAUGAAGGCGUGGAAGAAGGACCUGAAGAUUGGGGACGAAGUGUUGCUGUUGAGCGAUGGAAAUGGGGAUUUCACAAAGGCACUUGGGGUUGAGCUCGAUUUGAGCGACAAGCCGAUAGGGCUGGGAGUGAGGUCGAGGAGGUACGCGCUAUUGGCGGAGGACGGCGUUGUGAAGGUCUUGAACUUGGAGGAAGGCGGCUCAUUCACGUUCAGCGGCGCCGACGAUAUGCUGAAAUCAGUGUGAUUUUGAUGACUUUGCGUUUGUGGUUUUGUUUUCUUUGUUUAAUGUUUUUUCAAGUGUUGUCAGUUGGUUGAACUGAGGUAGUCUCUCUAUCUUAAUAAUAAUAUGAAUAUGAAUAUGAAUUUUGGAUAAUAAAGAUAGGGUUUUUCUAGAAAUGAAUGUUAUUGUCAAUACAUUAUGUUCUAUAUUAAUAUGUGUAUUUGCAGUGGA